GAGAGCGAGAGAGCGAGCUGGGAGCCGUGCUGCCGCCGCCGCUGCCCUUUGAUCCCGACAUUAGUGUUAGGGGCUCGGAGACACAGCGCGCGGCCAUAGACACCGCCGCACCGGCGCUCAUUUAUUUAUACCUCCCAUCACACGCGAGCACAGGACACACACACACACUCACACCUAUUAGAUCCGUUUCCAUUGAAGAAUAUUACGCUCGGGGACAAGCCAGGUGCACGACCAAAAAAUUAAAAAAAAAAAAGGAAAAAAAAAGAAAGAAAGAAAGAAAGAAAGGAAAGAAAAGAAGAAAACCCCUCUUCUGGCUCCAGGAAACAAGCUUCAACCCAUUGCACACACCGGAGAGAAGGGGUUUCCCCCUGCCCGCCCCCCAACUACCUCCCCGCUCCUGCCAGUGUCUGCCUGUCUGCCCCCACGGGGUUUAUUUGAUCUCACAUUAACCAAGGAGGAGAAUGUGAGAAAAGGGGGAAAAUGCCCAGGAGGAAGCAGGAGCAGCCCAAGCGCCUUCCCUCACAUGUUAGUAGGCAGGCCGAGGCCGAGGGAGACUCCAGCGAAGGAGAACAGUGGUACGGGAACUCCUCUGAGACCCCGUCAGAAGCGUCCUAUGGGGAAGUCCAAGAGAACUAUAAGCUGUCCCUGGAGGACCGGAUCCAAGAGCAGUCCACAUCCCCCGACACCUCCCUGGGCAGCGCCACCCCCAGCAGCCACACGCUGGAGCUGGUGGCACUUGAUGGUGAGGUCCUCCGAGACUCGCUGCAGUGUCAAGGCCACCUUUCACCCGGAGUGUCCUCUGUGUGCGACGAUGACCCGCCUAGUUCCAAUAAACCUCUGAGCAGCAACUUGCGGCGGCUGCUGGAGGCCGGGUCCCUCAAACUCGAUGGCACAGCCAAUGGCAGGGUGGAAUCCCCCGUGAAUGUUGGCCCCAGUCUGUCUUUUUCCCCACCGUCCCACCAUGCCCAGCAGCUCAGUGUCCUGGCCCGGAAGUUGGCCGAGAAGCAGGAUCAGAGUGACCAAUACACCCCAAGUAACCGUUUCAUAUGGAAUCAAGGUAAGUGGUUGUCGAACUCAACCACCACCUGUGGCCUGUCCCCUGACUCCGCCAUCCUCAAACUGAAAGCCGCAGCCAACGCUGUUCUGCAGGACAAGUCUCUGUCCAGGACAGAGGAGAGCCUGAGGUUCGAGUCCUUUUCCUCCCCGUUCAGCUCACAGUCUGCCAGCUCCACCCUGGCGGCUUUGUCUAAGAAAGUGAGUGAGAGAAGUCUGACUCCGGGUCAGGAGCACCCGCCUCCAGCCAGUUCUUUCCUGUCGUUGGCCUCCAUGACCUCCUCCGCAGCCCUUCUGAAAGAAGUGGCUGCCAGGGCGGCAGGUAGCCUUCUGGCUGAGAAGUCAUCUUUAUUGCCUGAUGAUCCUCUACCACUGCCGCCUUCUGAGAAGAAGCCAGAAAAAGUCACCCCGCCCCCUCCCCCACCACCUCCACCAGCACAGCCUCAGGCCUUGGAAUUAUUACUACUUCCAGUUUCCAAGGGAAGAGUCUCCAAGCCCUCCAAUUCAGCCCCAGAAGAAGAAAGUGGGAAGCCAUUCCAAUGUCCAAUAUGCGGUUUGGUUAUAAAGAGGAAGAGUUACUGGAAGCGGCAUAUGGUGAUUCACACAGGCUUAAAAAGUCAUCAGUGUCCACUCUGUCCGUUCCGGUGUGCUCGCAAGGACAAUCUCAAAUCCCACAUGAAGGUUCAUCAGCAUCAGGACCGGGGAGAGACUUUUCAGUGCCAGCUGUGCCCUUUCACAUCCUCACGCCACUUCAGCCUGAAACUGCACAUGCGUUGCCAUCAGCACUUCCUGAGGACAGAGGCCAAGGUGAAGGAGGAGAUCCCAGACCCAGAUGUCAAGGGAUCUCCCCACCUCAGUGACAGUGGCUGCCUGGGGCAGCAGAGGGAAGGAGGAGGGACAGAGCUAGUGGGGACCGUGAUGACGUCUAACACGCCAGAGAGGACUGGCCAGGGUGGGGCUGGCGUUGCACCUUUGCUGGUGAAAGAGGAGCCCAAGGAAGAUAACUGCCUGCCCGCCUCCUUUACCCUGAGUGCUGCCGACAGGCCCGCCAACCACACAAAGCUGAAAGACCCCUCCGAGUAUGUAUCCAACAGUGCAGCGGCAUUGUUCAGCCAGGACAUCUCGGUUAAGAUGGCCUCCGAUUUUCUCAUGAAGCUGUCAGCCGCAAACCAGAAGGAACCUAUGAAUCUUAAUUUUAAAGUGAAGGAGGAGCCCAAGGAAGAGGAGUCCCUAAGCAUGCCUUUACCUCGCUCCAGCUACGUGUUCAGCCCGGAACCGGAAGUGGCGACCCCUAGCAUCUCCGAGGACCCACUUACACCCCAGGAAGGCAAGGGGAAUGUUUUAAGGCGGGACAUGUCGGCUAAGGCUGCCUCAGAACUUCUCAUGAAACUCUCAGCGGAAAGCUACAAGGAAACGCAGGCGGUGACGGUUAAAGAAGAGCCCAUGGAGGUGGAUAUCCAGGACUCCCCGGCCUCCAUAUCACCCAGCCGGAACGUUGGCUACAGCACUUUAAUGGGACGAGAGAAAACUGAACCCUUACAGAAGCUUCCAGAAGGUCGAGUUCCCCCAGAGAGAAAUCUCUUCAGCCAGGACAUCUCUGUGAAGAUGGCUUCUGAGCUUCUUUUUCAACUCUCAGAAAAAGUGAGCAAAGAACACAAUCACACGAAAGAAAACACCAUGCGGACGACCACCAGCCCUUUCUUUUCAGAAGACACAUUUAGACAAUCACCAUUCACCUCCAAUUCAAAGGAUCUGCUGCCUGGUGAAUCUGUGCUGCACGGAAGAGUCUCUGCCCCAGAGACAGAAAAGAUCGUCCUUGAGGCAGGAAACGGACUGCCAUCCUGGAAGUUCAAUGACCAGCUCUUCCCUUGCGACGUGUGUGGGAAAGUGUUUGGCCGACAGCAGACGUUGUCCCGGCACCUCUCACUGCACACAGUUUUGGUUUCUCCCCCAGAGGAAAGAAAAUACAAAUGCCACUUGUGCCCCUAUGCUGCUAAGUGCCGUGCUAACUUGAACCAGCACCUGACCGUGCACUCUGUGAAGCUCGUGAGUACAGACACCGAGGACAUCGUCAGUGCUGUCACUUCUGAAGGCGGUGACGGGAAGAAACACCCUUAUUACUACAGUUGCCACGUGUGUGGAUUUGAGACGGAGCUCAAUGUUCAGUUUGUAAGCCACAUGUCUCUCCAUGUGGACAAGGAGCAGUGGAUGUUUUCCAUCUGCUGCACAGCCUGCGACUUUGUCACCAUGGAGGAAGCAGAGAUAAAGAAUCACAUUGGCACCAAGCACACAGGGGAUGAUAGGAAGACCCCCAGUGAAUCAAACAGCCCCUCCUCAUCCUCACUGUCAACUCUGAGUGAUUCAGCCAAUGGCAAAGAUGACUCAGACAGCUCCCAGAAAAACAAGGGCGGGAACAACUUGCUAGUCAUCUCUGUGGUACCUGGGAGCCAGCCAUCACUGAACAACGAGGAAAAGCCAGAGAAAGCUUCGGUCCUUUCAGGGUUCGAAUGCGUUUUUUGCAACUUUGUCUGCAAGACGAAGAAUAUGUUUGAGCGCCAUCUGCAAAUCCACCUCAUCACCCGGAUGUUUGAGUGUGACGUGUGCCACAAGUUCAUGAAGACCCCCGAACAGCUGCUGGAGCAUAAGAAAUGCCAUACUGUCCCCACCGGUGGGCUCAAGUGCCCAUUCUGCAUUUAUUCCACCAACCGCCCUGCUGCCAUGGAGUGCCACCUCAAGACCCACUAUAAGAUGGAGUACAAGUGCCGGAUCUGCCAGACAGUGAAGGCCAACCAGCUGGAGCUGGAGACGCACACCCGCGAGCAUCGCCUGGGCAACCACUACAAGUGUGACCAGUGCGGCUACCUGUCUAAGACGGCCAACAAGCUCAUCGAGCAUGUUCGCGUGCACACCGGGGAGCGGCCCUUCCACUGUGACCAGUGCAGCUAUAGCUGCAAGCGCAAGGACAAUCUCAAUCUGCACAAGAAGCUGAAGCACGCCCCCCGCCAGACCUUCAGCUGCGGAGAGUGCCUGUUCAAGACCACACACCCUUUUGUCUUCAGCCGCCAUGUGAAGAAGCACCAGAGUGGAGAUGGCCCUGAGGAGGACAAGAAAGGCCUGAGUCCAGCCUCCAGAGAGCCAGCUGGCCCUGGAGCCCCACUCUUGGUUGUGGGGGGUGGCCGGAGUCUCUUGUCCCCGCUGUCAGUCAUGUCUGCCUCUCAGGCUCUGCAGACCGUGGCCUUGUCAGCAGCCCACGGCAGCAGCUCGGAGCCCAACCUGGCACUCAAGGCCUUGGCCUUCAGUGGCUCCCCGCUGCAUCUUGACAAAUACCGGAACUCAGAUGUUGCCCAUCUCAUUCCCUUGACAAUGUUGUACCCCAGAAACCACCUGGAUCUCACAUUCCACCCUCCACGACCUCAGACUGCACCUCCCAGCAUCCCCUCACCCAAACACUCCUUCCUUGCCUAUCUUGGACUAAGAGAGAGAGCAGACACUGUCUGAGGACAGCCACGUUCUGUACCAAAAACCAGGAGACAGACAGGAAAAGACAAAACCCAAAACACAACCCCAGCAGGUGUAUGUUGCUGCAAAACACUCAGACCCCAGGGGUCUGGACCAUGUGUACUGUAUAUCUUUAGUAAGGAAUAGAAAAUUGGCUCUGUAUGUAUACCUAUUGCAUUGACCUAAAAGCUGCUUUAUCCAGUCUUCAGAGAGGUGAUCUGCUGCCUACGUCUACCUUCAGAGGCAUGCCUCCCCAGCCAUCCUCCCACUUCAGUCCUCCGUACUUCUCUCUGAAAGGAAUUCUGUCAUGUUAAACCCUAAAGAGAGUGUCCUUAAUAGCAAUGAGCACUUGGGAGCUUCUCUACUGGUACAUUGGGUUUUCUGUUGGGUGAGUGGGGUCUUGUGGGCAUUUGUGGAAUGGGAAAGAAAAAGUGUGUGUGUGUGUGUGUGUGUGUGUGUUAUGGUGUGUGUGUU